CACAAUAGACGUUUAUACACCAUUCGAUAGAGAAUUUCAAGAGCUACAUUUUGCACUAUUUGUAUUUCAAGAUAGAUAAAAUCGACUUUUUGGCCUAAUGUCCGCUUAGUUGCCCACUGUGUGUUGAAGGUCCAACAGAAGGUGGGUUUGUUUGUCCUUCUACAAUUAUUUCUUCUGAUUUUUGGAAAGUUGGUCAAUUAGUAUCUAGUAAUAUUUUAAUAUUUAAACCAAUUACUAUGAAUCAAGUAUUAAAACAUUAAAAAUUAAUAAAUGAUUAAUUAAAUUAUAUUAAAAUAUUAUUAGAUUAUUAUCCUUUAGCCAUAUAUAAACCAAAAUAUUUUAAUAAUAUUAAUGAUUUUUUAUUAUAUAAUCAUUAUUAUAAAAAUGAUGAAUUUAAUAUAGAAAAUAAUUCAUCAUUAUUAUUAGAACAUGAUCAUAAUGAUAUAUUAAUACAAUAUCGUCAAGCUGGUGAUUGUUAUUUAUUAAUUGAAUAUGGUAAUUCAAAAUUAGCUAUAAAUUUAAUAUUACGUAUGCAUAUGCAUCAAAUACAAGAAUAUAUCUUGGACUUACUACAGAUUUAA